AUGGGCAUGACGUCGCUGUGGUUUGCUCGACUUCACUAUUUGGACCGAUCCCAGCGUCAUACCCAGAAAAACAUCGAGUUCAACUGGGUCGGAAGCGAUGAUUUGAAAACGACAAUCCUGGGCGGUUCCUUCUUCAACCACUACAGCCCUUUGUCGGGCUUUUGCUUUGAUACCGGAUGCAACGACGAGGAAUUGAAUGAUGGUAAUAUCGAUCGGCGAGCCCGUGAAUUUAUGGAUAAAGUCAAAGAUCAGGCCUCCCACUACCGCACCAACAACGUGAUGCUGACGAUGGGCGACGAUUUCCAGUACCAGUCGGCCGGCAAGUGGUUCAAGAACCUUGACAUCUUGAUCAAAUACAUCAAUGCUAAUCCAGCCAUGGGCCUGAAUGUGCAAUAUUCAACGCCAGCCUGCUACGCGGCUGCCCUGCAAUCAACCGGCUCGAUUUUCCAGCCAAAACAGGACGACUUUUUCCCGUACGCCUCCGGUGAUCACAGCUUCUGGACGGGUUACUUCACCUCCCGGCCGACCUUUAAGGGCAUGAUUCGUCAAGCUAGCUCCUAUUUGAAUCUAGCCAAGCAGCUAUCAGCCAAUUUCCUCCUUGACGACGGCCCCGCCCUUGAAAUUGCCAAGCGGGCCAGCGGUCUUGUCCAGCACCACGAUGCUGUCACUGGCACGGCCAAGCAAGUGGUCACCUACGACUAUGCCCAACGACUUGAUAAGGGUAUCCGACAGCUAGAGGUUCUGAUCAACGACGCGCUGAAGAGCGCUUCCGGCGGUGCGGCUCCACCGAAACAUGUGCUAUGUCUGUUGAGUAAUGAAACGAUAUGUGAUGUUAGCAAAGCUUCCGGCUCCUAUGCAGUCAGCAUCUUCAACCCGGUCGGAAAGGCGAUGAGCUCCUUCGUACGCGUCCCUUUCUACCACCCUGUUGCCUCGGUCCAAGACGAUACCGGCACGGCCAUACAGGUCCAGGUGACCGCGGUGCAGUCCAUCCCGACACUGUCCUCUCCGGAUGCUGCCCCUUACGAGUUGUUCAUUCCCGUCCAGCUCGGCCCCGCCGGAUUCAAGACGUUCUUCGUCUCGGGCAGUGGGCUGACUGGAAGCGAACCGGUUUCCGGAAAUUACUACCCGGUCACGAACCGCAUCUUCAUCAAGGACACCAAGAGCCAAAUGACGGUCCUUACCGACAGGUCCCAGGGUGGUACCUCCAAGGAUGGCGCUAUUGAGCUUAUGCUGCACCGCCGUUGCUUCUACGACGAUCACUUUGGGGUGUCAGAAGCGCUCGACGAGCCCGGAAAAGACGGCAAGGGACUGGUUGUCCGUGGACAGCACUGGCUACUCAUCGGCGACGCCGCGACCCAAGCAGCUAUUCACCGUCCGAUGGCCGUCGAGAUGUUCCACCGCCCGAUCGCCGCCUACGCUACGGUCGCCGAUCCUGCCGGCUACCGUAGCCAGUACAAGACAAAAUAUUCCGGCUUGACGGCCUCGCUACCGAACAAUGUGAACUUGUUGACGCUUGAGAAGAGGGGCAAUGAGGUGUUGCUCAGACUCGAGCACAUCUUCCAGUCAAAUGAGGAUUCUCAGCUCUCCCAAGCGGCUACUGUCGAUUUUGGGAAUCUCUUCACCGGCUUCAAAAUCCAGAGCGUUCAGGAGCUGUACCUGGGCGCAAAUCGGAAUCUCACAAUGGGCGUCACCACGCAAGUCACCCUCAAGCCACAACAAAUCCGCACGUUCCGUCUGGCCGUUCAGCCCAAA